AAGGGUCGCGCGCGCGGGGGCAUACGUGCGCGCAAGAGAAGUUGGGGGUGGGGGCGCGGCUGUUGGAGCGCUCGUGCGCGCGCGACGGGCGCCGGGCCCCGCCCUACCCCUCGCGCUGUCAGUUUGCGGAAGCACCGGGCUCGCUGUGCUGUACGAAGACUGACGGUAGAAGCGGUGGCUUGGCCCUAAUUCCUACCCGGAUCAGAUCACCGGCGGCCCGCGACAUGUCCAAGAAUACGAGCGUUGACAAAUUCCGUCGGGUCAAUGUGGAUGACUAUGACGAGAAUAACUACGUGGACGAGGAGGAAGGUGGCGAGAACCAGCUGGGACCCGACGAAGCGGAGGUGGACGCCUCCAUCAGGCAAGGAAAUCUGAAUGCAGCUCUUCAAGCAGCUCUAAAGAAUCCUCCAAUCAAUACAAAAAACCAGGCUGUUAAGGACCGGGCAGAAAAUACAGUUGUUAAAGUUUUGACUUCAUUUAAGAGUAAUGAUAUUGAAAAAGCUGUUCAGUCCCUUGACAAGAAUAGUAUUGACCUUCUGAUGAAGUAUAUCUACAAAGGUUUUGAAAAACCAUCAGACAAUAGUAGUGCAAUAUUACUACAAUGGCAUGAAAAGGUGUUAGCAGUUGGAGGAGUGGGAUCUGUAGUCCGAGUUCUAACAGCAAGAAAAACUGUUUAAAACCAUGGGAUCAAGAUUACCUGUCUGGUACAGAGGAAUUGCUGGUGCAGAGACCAAAAGAACCAGUUUGUGCAACACUGGAGUCAUUUUUUUUUUGUUUUGGCUUGCUUUUUAUGAGGAGGUUGUAUAUCUUAGCUCAAUUUGUUUGUCUGUUAACCAAAAUCUUAGGUGCAGUCCAAACUGGUUUUAUAAGCUCAGUAUUUAGUCCAAACUUUGUAGCCAUGCAGGAACAUUUCAAAAGCCCAGUUUUAUUCAAAGUGUAGAGGUAUUUGAGAAAUUGGAGAUUUUUUCUUUUUGCAGAAAUGAUUUUUUAUUUUAAAUGUUUAAUUAAACAAAGGUACAGAGUAUGAAUGUGCUAUCCAGACAGUGAAUCCGUUGACUCAAACUUAAUCCAUUCAGCAAUAGUUAGACACACAUACAACUAAUCAUGGGCAUUUCAAAUUUGAAGCUGGGUAUUUAGCUGAGUGAUAGAAGCUGAACAUAUAGAAUCACCAGAAAGACUUAUGUUUGAAAUCAUGCCUCAAUUGGUAAAGGUAAUGAUAAAUUGUGUGGCUUUGGUGUUCUGGGAUUAAUUCAUUUGUUUAUAAUCAUUCCUGGCAUGAGGAGUGAUUCCGUUAUAAAGAGGCCUUGGCAAUGAUCGACUGCUGUCAAUGUGUAGGUGCAGUGUAACAUGUUUCACCUUUCUGGGGAAAAAAAUCAUUUAAAACUAAAAACUGUACAAUAGAUGUCUGAACUGAACACAUUUCAGACAGUUUUAGCAUCUGUAGGAUUUACAAAAAUGUAGUCAGUCACAAUUUUCCAUUGUGUCAGCUAUCAAAGGUUUGCAGACAUGACUGACUAAAUACUGGUUUUGAAUGAUCUCAAUAAAGCUUUCAAAUUACUCCUUGAAAAUGAAAUAUAAAUACAAUGUUUGCACUGUUUUAAAAGUAGCAGAAAUAGUAUUUGGAUUUGUUGUUCAUAACAGAGAGCAGUAAGUUCACAGAAGGCACAAAACCUCAUGGCCAAUGUCCAUUUGCUUUGUACCAUGUUUUCUAAUUCCAAUUAGUUAUUUCAAAGUGGUGCUUUCAGCUGAUGGUGAAAUUAAUUUUUCUUUUUAUAGCAAAUCACUUAAUCUUGAAUUCACAAUAAAACGGUGAAAAUGGAUCAACUGCCCUACUUGUAGAUCAAGUUCGUGCCUUUAGCAAGGAAGCUGAGUUCUCCUACCUCCCCCUUCGUAUUUCUGAACAUAAAGGAGUGCUGAAUACAUUCUGUUAGGGCACGUUUACUCAAGAGUAAGCUAAGUUUCAUUUUAGCACAUUUAUAAAUAUCAAAGACCUAUUAAUGGCUGUGAUGGUUGUCUAAGUCCUAGCAGACAAUCUGUUUCACUUUGACUAUUUAAAUGUUGUAAAAAAAAAGAACAAGAGUUAAGUAUUCUUCAUAUCUCUUGUAAAAAGAAAAUAUGCAAAAUUAUUGGAUUAUGAAGCCUAAUCAUUGUGAACAAAAUGUUUGAUAACUCAGCCACAAUUUUCUAUGCCUGAAACAUGAAUUAAGUGUGAUCAGUAUUUCAAGUUUGAGCAAUUGCUGUUGUAGUUGUAAGUAUUACUUUAAUCACAUUGCCCCAAGAUUUUUAUUGCUUUUAUUAAGAUAAUAAAAAGUUGCUAAACUA